AUGGUUAACCAACAACACCAGCAGAGCAUUAAGGCAGCGAUUGACAAGGGUAAACAGUAUCGCCAGUUAGAGAUUGGUGACUCAGUUAUGUCACGGGAUUAUCGAGGGGAUCUGAAGUGGCGUCCAGGGCUGAUUGUUAACAAAACAGGUCCGCUGAUGUAUGAGGUACAGGUGGCACCGGGACUGACCUGGCGCCGACAUAUUGAUCAGUUGAGACCAACGGCAGUUGGACACACAGUUGAAAGCACUGACGCCGACUGUAGUGUUGAAGUCAGCCAACCUGAAAUGGCCAACACACCACUGACCCCAAUUACAUCAAGUACUCCAACCACUGAGGCGGCGGCACAG